AUGAACUGGAAAGAAAAAUUAAAACAAAUUCCCAAAAUAAUAUUUUAUAUUAUCUUUGUGGGAGUAUCGGUGCCAUACUAUAUACAAAUUUCUAAAGGUUUAUACAGUAAUUUUUUUGCUACAAAUAUUACUUUCAAUUUGGAUACACUGUUUCUUAAUUGGAAUACCUCAUUUCCGGCCGUUACCAUAUGUGAGCUAUAUAAUGGCGAAAAAAUAUGGGAUUUAAGUGAACAAUAUUUUGGGGUGGAACAUGAUAUGCGUUUAGAUGAUGUGGUGGGAGAUAUUGUAUAUUACCAUGGUAGUUGUACAUCAUGUGAUAAUUGUGAAAAUCAGAACUUAACAUGUCCACAAAAUUUUACUCAACUACUGAAGGAGUUUCGCACCAAUUGCACCGAUUUAAUAAUGAAUUGUAAAUAUAAAAACAAUUUCUUCGAUUGUUGUGAUGAGUUUUAUCCCAUUCAUACCGAAUAUGGUGUUUGUUUUUCAUUUAAUUCCAAUCAAGCGAGAAAAAAAUAUGAUGUAGAAUAUGCCAGUAAUCGUGUAGUGGGUGUUGGUUAUUUAACUUUAGAAGUUACGGCCGAUAUUCAGUUGCAUGUCCAUUCUCCCGUUGAAAUACCUUACCAAAGUGCCGAUGGCAUGAUUAAAGAAACAGUUUUGCUGGGUACCAACAAGGAGCUAGUCGUCAAUGCCAUGGAAGUUUUUAAUCAUCCAAAUUUAUAUAAAAUCAAUUAUGAUGAAAGAAGGUGUCGAUUUCAACAUGAACUUACAGUUCUGGGCAAAGAAUUAGGACUAUACGAAUUUUAUAGUUUUUCAACGUGUAUAGUGGAGUGUAUUUUUGCCAUACAUUUAAAAUUGUGUAAUUGUAGCACUCAUUUUUUGGUAAAAGAAGAUUCUCCUUUUCAAAUGUGUGAUUAUGAUGGUUUAUUAUGUAUAUCGGAUUAUCAUUAUGAUAUUGUGGAUGAACGUAUAUUGUGCGACUGUAUGAGUCCCUGUGAUGAACCUGAAUAUAAUAUUAUCUACAAUUCAGCAGAUAAUAUUCAAAAGAAUUCAGAUUUUACCAAAAUUAAAAUAUCAUUAGCCGAACUGCCAACAACUCGUUAUGUAAGAAGAGUUAAUAAAACAAAUCUAGAUUUGAUGAUUUCUAUCGGAGGAUUGGCCGGCUUGUUUUUCAAUGCAUCUUUGAUUCGUAUUGUGGAAUUGGUAUUUUUAAUAUUAGACUAUAAUUGGAAAUCAUGGAGGAAAUAACUAAAGUUCUUUUAUAUUUAUUUAAUUUGUUUGUAAUUAAUUAUUUCUAUUUCUUAUAUAAAACUAGCGGACCCGGUUAAAUUCGCCUCGCCCCAAUUAAUUUUCCAUGAUUUACACUAAGAACUUUCUGUUGUUUGAUUUGGAAAGCCAUUAGGGAAUAAUAAGUAAUAAUUUCAAAAUUUCAUACAAUUUUCCAAUUUUCCGACAUUUCCGGAUAGAUUUUCCAAAAUUUUCUUCCGUAAAUACGAACAACUGACAAAAAAUUUUACAGAUAUCGGCCCAGCCGUUCUCAUUUUAUGAAUUACUAUACAUUUUUUACACCAUUUUUAUAUUAUAUAGAUUAGCACUAGUUCAAUGGUUAUGGUUUUAAAUUGAG